UCAAAUAGCGGGAUUUGGGUCUUGUCUCGACAUGUUGUUCUCGUAGCCCUGCUUCUCACCGGAUCCACGUGUACGCAGAGAUGUAAAACUAUGUGGUGACAAUGUCUGCUUCACCUUGGAGAUACUCCACCAGCAAUGGUGUGGACCAAAAUAUCUUGGCAGCCACCAACGGAGAAGCAAACACCAUUUCUCAUCAAGCUAAAAGACGAAGGAAAAAGAAUAAACUGAAAAAAUUCACAAUUGAAUUCCACGAAGUAUCAUUUGAACAAAAAAGAGGAAAGAAAAGAAAGUCAGUUGAGCUUCUAGGAAACAAGACGGAGUGUGUUAGACAUAGAGAUGUUUUGGAUUCUGUGUCUGAACAGUCAAAUCAUGUGCAAUUCAAAAGGCCCAGAAUAACCUCUCAUACACUGACUGGUGAAGCUGAGUCUUUACUACCGCUCAGUGACAGCUGGGAGGUGGAUAGUGGCUUUUCAUCUGAAUCCAGCCCUCCCACUAGUGGCAGGAGUUCGCCAUGUGUGGGAAUAGACCACUCUAGGCUUGUAGCUGUGGACUGUGAAAUGGUCGGGACUGGACCUGGCGGCAAGUGUAGUGAAGUGGCACGCUGUAGUAUAGUAAAUUAUUAUGGUAGUGUUGUGUAUGAUAAAUAUAUUUUACCUCGGCAUCCAGUCACAGACUACCGCACAAGAUGGAGUGGCAUUAGAAAACAUCAUUUACAACAGGCAGUGGCUUUUGAGGAUGCUCAGAACGAGAUUGUUGACAUCCUCACAGGGAAGAUUAUUGUUGGCCAUGCCUUAUUUAAUGACUUCUUGGUUCUUGACAUCUCCGUCCCACCACAUAUGAUUAGAGAUACCUGUUCCUGCAGGGUGCUGCGAGGGUUGUAUAAUGCCUCCAUUAGAUGCAAUGUCUCUUUGAAGAAACUGUCUCGGAAACUUCUCAAUAGGACCAUACAGUCUGGUAGAAUGGGUCACUGCUCUGUAGAGGAUGCUCUUGCUGCCAUGGACCUGUACAAGCUGGUAGAGGACCAGUGGGAAAAGGACAUCCUGUCCCGGGAUUCAAACACCGACCAUACUUCAAACUCCAGCAACUCCCUCGAGCACUACAUGCAGGACCAGUACUGGCCAGAAAGCAUAAUGGACUGCAGCCCGUAAGACCAAGAGUUAGGAUAAUGAUGCCAACCUCAGUGCUGGGAACCAUCUGUUGUUUAAUGUUAUUUAAACCUCAAACUUGUUUAAACAUGUUAACAUUCAAGAAGGAAAUACAUGGAAAUGCUGUAGAACUUUAACUAGCACUUUGUUGGACUUGAAAAGUUUAUUUAAAUAACAUUAAGGGAUUCUAAAUAUUAAAGCUAAUAACAGGUUUCUGAAUUUACACAGACUGUAUUUUAGGGAAUAACUCCAUUGUGAGUUUUCAUUUGUAUGAUCAAUGUUAUUAAGGUGUAAUGUGACACAUUAUGCUGCUAGUUAGCACUAUAUAGUGUCUUACUGACAAUGCUGUUCAUCCAAAAAGUACUGUCACGUGAAAAGUUCAAAUAGAAAAUUUUUAAAUAAAGAUAAUGGGGGAAAAAAUUCUCAAUUAAUUCAUGGCAUUUCUCUCAAUGUAUGUUCACAAUAGCAACAUUUCUGCAAAAAAGAAGUCAUUUUCAAGCCAAGCAGGAAAUUUGAGUGACCAAUUUGAACACGCGCAAAAUAUAAGUGAAAACUUUUUUGCCCUCAUGUGAUGACUGGACUUAACCAAGAAAAUUCACUGAACAAGAGUUAAUGUGACCACACCUUAAAGGGAUAGUU